AUGGCACCCAAAAGGCCUCUAGACGCCAGCGAUGCUCGCGACUCCAAAAAGGCGCGCAAGGGCGGCUUCCGUGUCGGCCCCGACAACCUACCAGACGGCCCUUGGCGGCGCAAGGUCACCAAGAUCAAGAAGGACCUGAUACAAAAGGCCAAGCUGAAGAAGGCGUACAAGAAGAUCAAGGCGAGGGAACUGCCACAGAAUAAGCAAUCGUCGUCGUCUGCUGUGGGAGUCGAGAAUCAGGGACACAACAAGAAACGCGACAAUGAGGACUCAAGUGCAGAAGAGGGAGGAGAAGAAGAAGAAGAAGAAGACGAAGCCUCUGGCCAGCCAGAUUCAGAGUCAGAGAUGGAAGACGCAGACGCACACUCGGAUAACGAAGGCAAAGAAGAGAAAGUAAAGCAAAGCCGCGAUACCCCCAAGUCCGCAACAGAAUCACAACAACACGACAAGCACUUGGAGGGAAAGAAGAACAAGCCAGAGGAAAAGCAGGACCGCCCAGACCACAUGCACCCGUCGCGCCGGCAAUCCCGCAACGCACCGCACCGGCCGGGCUACUACGACAAGGCAUUGGCCGAGGCGUCCAAGAAAAAGGCCGAGCAGGAAGCCCGCGAGGCCGAGUUCCAACGACGGCGGGAGGAGCGCGAACGCAAGAAUGCCGAGCGCGAGCGCUUUCAGCGCGCCAUGAAGAAAGCCAGGACGCCGGGCAGAGACGGACAGCGCAAACUGGGCCGCGAGAGCGGACUGCUGCUCGAAAAGGCGCGCAGGAUAACACAGCAGCGAUGA